AUGGCUUCUCUCCUUGGCAAGAAAUUCGGUGCGCCCGUCGCUCGGCCAAUGGCUCCCUUCUACAUCUCCGGCCUCAUUAUCCUCUACGGAGUCAACGCUGCCGCGACGGCAAUGAUGCAAUCCGACGAGUACAAGAGCGAUCCGCGGAACCCUUACAACAAGAACCCGACGUCCGACAGCGCCCAUUAA